UUCAGUGGCGCAGAUCGGGAGGCAGAAGAUGGACGCGGCGUGUGGCUCAAACAAACUAAUAAAGAGAAUAAAGUAAAACAUGGUUCUGCGGAGACGCGCUCCGGAGCAGCAGGACAGUUUAUGACCGGUAGAUAGGUGCUCUGCAGCGGACUGUCGGUGUGACCCGCGCCAGGACCCCCCCCUGUGACCUCUGACCCCCGUGACCCCCCCGACCCCGGCGUUGCCAUGGCGUCAGAGCUGGGCUCGCCGCAGCGGUUCUUCCACAUGCCGCGGUUCCAGCACCAGGCGCCGCGGCAGGUGUUCUACAAGCGGCCGGACCUGGCGCAGCAGCACGCCAUGCAGCAGCUCACCUUCGACGGCAAACGCAUGAGGAAGGCCGUCAACCGCAAGACCAUCGACUACAACCCGUCCGUCAUCCGCCACCUGGAGAAUCGACUUUGGCAGCGAGAUCACAGAGACCAGAGAGCCAUCCAACCAGACGCAGCCUGUUACAACGACCUGGUGCCUCCUCUGGGCAUGCUCCGUAACCCCAUGAACGCCGUCACCACCAAGUUUGUCCGAACGUCCACCAACAAAGUCAAGUGCCCCGUGUUUGUGAUCAGGUGGACUCCUGAGGGCAGGCGUCUGGUGACAGGAGCGUCCAGUGGGGAGUUCACUCUGUGGAACGGACUCACCUUCAACUUCGAGACCAUCCUCCAGGCUCACGACAGCUCGGUGCGGGCGAUGACCUGGUCUCAUAACGACAUGUGGAUGCUGACGGCCGACAACAACGGCUACGUCAAAUACUGGCAGAGCAACAUGAACAACGUCAAGAUGUUCCAGGCUCACAAGGAGGCCAUCCGGGAAGCAAGUUUUUCUCCGACUGACAACAAGUUCGCCACCUGCUCCGACGACGGCACCGUCCGGAUCUGGGACUUCCUGCGCUGCCACGAGGAGCGGAUCUACGAGGUGAUCUGUGACCUGCGACCUACGACCUGUGACCUGUGACCCUGCGACCUGUGACCUGCG